ACGCCAGUUAUGUUUGUUCCACCACGACGGUAGCAUUGUUUCAUACAAAAUGUUAUUUUUCCUUUUAUAUUUCGCGGCGAUUUUAUUCAUCGUUCAUAUUCUAUUUAAUUAUAAUAAAAGAGCAGCUUUGAUAAGAAAAAUACCAGGAUUAAAAGAUCAUUUCAUCGUUGGUAAUGCUUUGGAAGGAGUUAAAUCACCAGUGGAUCUUUUUCGUUUCGGAAGAGAAUUGGCAAAGAAACAUAAUGGCAUAUACAGAUUCUGGUGCUUCCCAAUUGGCGCUGUUUUCAUAUACAAUCCAGAUGACAUUGAAAUUAUUUUAACUAGCAUGAAAUAUCACGAGAAGAGCGUUAUUUACAAAUUUUUAAAACCCUGGCUGAACGAUGGACUGUUAUUGAGUGGUGGAUCGAAAUGGUUGGAUCGUAGGAAGAUUCUGACGCCGGCUUUCCAUUUCAACAUUUUACGGCGAUACCUCGUGAGCCUAAAUGACAGCGCUGACCGGCUUGUCGACACUGUCAAUAAAGUUGUGAACAUUGAAGUCGAUUUAGUACCAAUAGUAUCUGAAUGUACACUUCAAAGCAUUUGCGAAUCCGCGAUGGGCACAAAACUAAGCGACGACACAACGGGCAAGUCUUACAAGACUGCAAUUCACGAAUUAGGACUUUUGUUAGUCCAAAGAUUUGUCAGAAUUUAUCUGUAUGCAGAUUUCUUAUUCAAUCUGUCUUCUUUAGCAAAAUUACAAAACAAAUAUCUCUCCAUUGUUCACAAUUUCACGCGCAAUGUUAUAAAAGAGAGAAAAAAAUACGUAAUGGAUAACGGAAUAGAUUUAUCAAAUGCUAUUAGUGAUAGUACUGAUGAUGUAAAUAUUUAUAGAAAAAAAAGAACAGCCAUGUUAGAUUUGCUAAUAUUAGCUGAAAAAGAUGGUUUAAUUGAUAAUGCAGGCAUCGAAGAGGAAGUGGAUACGUUUAUGUUUGAGGGUCAUGAUACGACUGCAGCAGCCUUAACUUAUGCUUUAAUGUUAAUCGCCAACCAUCUAGACAUACAGGAUAAAAUAAUAGCAGAAUUAAACGAUAUAUAUGGUGAAACAAAGCGAGCAGUCACAAUGGAAGAUCUCAAUGCGAUGCGAUACCUGGAACGGUGCAUCAAAGAAGCCAUCAGACUGUACCCGCCAGUGCCUUUUAUCAGCCGUAAACUAAAUGAUGAUGUCCAACUCAGUAAUUACACAGUACCAGCUGGGACAUUAUGUCACAUUCACAUUUACGAUUUGCAUCGACUGGAGAGCUUGUAUCCGAACCCUACAAAAUUUGAUCCGGACAGAUUUCUGCCAGAAAACGUUGCUAAACGUCACAACUACGCGUACAUACCGUUCAGUGCUGGACCCAGAAAUUGUAUAGGACAAAAGUUUGCAAUGAUGCAAAUGAAAACUGCAGUGUCCACCAUCUUGCGUAAUUUCAAGUUGCUACCAGUCACCGGCUGUUUGGAUCUACAGUUUCAAUCCGAUUUAAUAUUAAGGAACUCCAAACCUGUGUAUGUGAAAUUUGUUAAAAGAAUAAAUGAAUAACUCGAUU